AUGCUUCUUUCUCUGGCGGAGAAGAAUCAUUACUUUUCUUUCUUCCAGGCCUUGCAGGGGUGGAGGUCGCGCCUGAGUGCGUCGGCACGAGAGGGCGGAACCGUCUCCAGGGCAACCCGUGCGCAGUCCGGGCUACUGGAGCCGACUGGAAGCGCGGGAGUUGCGGUGCUGGCGACGGGCGGGGUUGCGAGCAGCCCGGGGCCGGGGCGGCCAGGGCCACUGCAGGACGAGACCCUGGGUGUGGCGUCCGUGCCCUCGCAGUGGAGGGCCGUCCAGGGCAUCCGCGAGGAGACGAAAAGCUGCCAGACGGUCAGCAUUGCCACUGCCAACGCGUCCGCCCAGGCCCGGAAUCAUGUGGACGCCCAGGUGCAGACGGAGGCCCCUGUGCCCGUCAGCGUGCAGCCCCUGUCCCAGUACAACGUGCCUCGGCUCGCAGCCUUUCUUCGGAGAGUGGAGGCCAUGGUCAUCCGAGAGCUGAACAAGAACUGGCAGAGCCACGCGUUUGAUGGCUUCGAGGUGUCUUGUCUGUAUACCCUGGGCUACCCCCCAGCCCAAGCGCAGGGUCUGCAUGUGACCGGCAUCUCCUGGAACUCCACUGGCUCUGUGGUGGCCUGUGCCUACGGCAGGCUGGACCAUGGGGACUGGAGCACACUUAAGUCCUUCGUGUGUGCCUGGAACGUGGACCGGCGAGGCCUGAGUCCCCGGCAGCCAUCGGCCGUGGUGGAGGUCCCCAGCGCUGUCCUGUGUCUGGCUUUCCACCCCACGCAGCCCUCCCAUGUUGCAGGAGGGCUGUACAGUGGCGAGGUGCUGGUGUGGGACCUGAGCCGUCCUGAGGACCCGCUGCUGUGGCGCACAGGCCUGACGGAUGACACCCACACAGACCCUGUGUCUCAGGUGGUGUGGCUGCCCGAGCCCGGGCACAGCCACCGCUUCCAGGUGCUGAGUGUAGCCACCGACGGGAAGGUGCUGCUCUGGCGUGGCGUCGGGGCGGGCCAGCUGCAGCUCACGGAGGGCUUCGCCCUGGUCAUGCAGCAACUGCCACGGAGCACCAAGCUGAAGAAGCAUCCCCGGGGGGAGACCGAGGUGGGCGCCACGGCAGUGGCAUUCUCCAGCUUUGACCCGAGGCUGUUCAUUCUGGGCACGGAAGGUGGCUUCCCGCUCAAGUGUUCCCUGGCAGCUGGAGAGGCAGCCCUCACGCGGAUGCCCAGCUCUGUGCCCCUGCGGGCCCCGGCACAGUUGACCUUCUCCCCCCACGGUGGUCCCAUCUAUGCUGUGAGCUGUUCCCCCUUCCACAGGAAUCUCUUCCUGAGCGCUGGGACCGACGGGCAUGUCCACCUGUACUCCAUGCUGCAGGCCCCUCCCCUGAUCUCGCUGCAGCUCUCCCUCAAGUAUCUGUUUGCUGUGCGCUGGUCCCCAGUGCGGCCCUUGGUUUUUGCAGCUGCCUCUGGUGAAGGUGACGUGCAGCUGUUUGAUCUCCAGAAAAGCUCCCAGAAACCUACAGUUUUGAUCAAGCAAACCCAGGAUGAAAGCCCUGUCUACUGUCUGGAGUUCAACAGCCAGCAGACUCAGCUCUUGGCUGCGGGCGAUGCCCAGGGCACAGUAAAGGUGUGGCAGCUGAGCACAGAGUUCACAGAACAAGGGCCCCGGGAAGCUGAGGACCUGGACCGCCUGGCAGCAGAAGUGGCCACCUGAGGGGUCCCGGGAGGCGGGUGCAAGCCUUCGCUGUGCCGAGCCUUAUGUUUCUGACAACAAGCUGAAUGAAGAAAAGCAAAGUUUUGGGGGAA